GGGUCGGCCAAGGUCAUCAAACUGGACUCGGUGCGGCAGAUCGCUGAGAAGGACAAGCACGCGCUGCUGGACAUCACGCCGUCCGCCGUGGAGCGGCUCAACUACGUGCAGUACUACCCGGUGGUGGUGUUCUGCGAGCCCGACAGCCGGCAGGGCAUCAAGGCCAUGCGCCAGUGGCUCGCCCCCGACUCCAAGAAGAGCUCCCGCCGCCUCUACGCGCAGGCCGUCAAGAUGAAGAAGAACUACAGCUACCUCUUCACGGCCACCAUCAGCCUCGGCGGAAGCACCGACCCCUGGUACCAGAGCCUCAAGGAGAUCAUCCGCACCCAGCAGGCCCGGCCUAUCUGGACAGCGGAGGAGCAGGUGGACGCUUCCCCAGAGGAGGGCCUGGACCUGCUGAACCAGCAGCGUGCCACCAGCACGGGGGACCUGACGUGCGACAGCCGUGCCAACAGCGACUACGAGGACACGGACGGCGAGGGGGGGGCCUACACGGACAACGAGCUGGAGGAUGACUAUGCCCAGCCAGCCCUGGCCCGGUCCUCAGAGCCAGUGGAGCCAGGCGAGCCCCAGAACCCAGACGAGCGCGUGGCAGUCUCUCUGGCCUACGCCCCCCCGCGGGAUGGAGACCAGCAGCCUCAGGGCCAGUGGAGACAGGAUUACAGCAGCAUCAGGGAGUACGAACACAGCGCUCUGAAAAAGAAGUUCACCCAGGCCCGGGCCUACGACUCUGAUGAGGAUGAAGGCUACGACUGGGGCCCAGCUACGGACCUGUAGCCACAACGGCUUCCAGGAUUCCUCGUCCUACACCGCCGAGCUGCCUUCUGGGAAGGGCCUGCCACGCUGCAUCGUCCCCUUCCCGCCUGGGGCCAGCAAGGGGACCCCCCCGGCCCUUCUCACGCGGGGUCGGCUCCCUCCAGCACGCACCCCUCUCCAGAGCAGGGCGGUUUGGUUUUAAUCUUCCUAACCACAAGACUCCCUGCAGUGUGCUGCUGGCUGGCGAGCAGCCGGCAUGCGCUGUUCUCCUGGGCUUACAGCCGCUGCACACGUCCUAGACUUUAACUCGCCUCCGAGUCUCUGUAGGCACAGCCCAGGUCUCAGGCCUGUCACAGCUGCCUGCAGUGACGCCAACGUGCCAGCGUCCGUGGCACGUGCAGCUCUGCCCGUGUGAUUCAUCGGGCAGG